AUGCCGAUCGCCCAACAGACGAGCUUAGGAUGGAUCCUGUCCGGGGGCUACGAUGCAGCAGCAACCGAAGGACAUCGCAGCACGUUCCAGUGCACCGCAGACCACGACCUCGCUGACAUGGUUCGACGCUUCUGGGAGCAGGAACGCGAGCCAGUGGCUGGGACACCGCUUACCGCCGAUGAAGCCAGAUGCGAGGACAUCUACGUGCGCACGGUCACACGCACGUCCAGUGGAAGAUACAUGGUGAGGCUGCCAUUUACUUCACCGCCGCCGACAUCGCUCAGCGAGACUCGUCGACCUGCUGAACGCCUACUGGAUGCCAUGGAGCGGAAAGGAGCACGAGAUCGUCGUUUCGGUGACCUCUAUCUAGACUUCAUGGAGGAAUACGAGAACCUACAACAUAUGGAGAAGCGCACACGGUCCGGAGAGUCGCUGAACGCACACCUCCUCACUGGAGCCAAUCUCUUGCCAGCACUCGCUGACGUCCUACUUCGUUGGCGUUGGCAUCGGUACGUGCUCGUCACGGACAUCGAGAAAAUGUACCGACAAAUCCUCGUGCAUCCGGAGGACUGUCGCCUGCAAACUAUCCUGUGGCGCCACAACAGCUCUGACGACGUCCACGAGUACGAGCUGAGGACCGUGACCUAUGGGCUAGCGUGUGCACCCUUCCUCGCCAUCAGGACUCUUCAUCAACUCGCAGCAGACGAAGAGGCACGAUAUCCACGCGGAGUCAAGGCACUGCGACACGACUGCUACGUCGACGACGUGGUCACCGGCGCCGAUAGCUUGGAAGAUGCUAUCGACCUUCAGCAGGAACUACGGAGUCUUUGCACGGCGGGCGGAUUUCCUUUGAGAAAGUGGGCCGCCAACGAUCCUCAGGUGCUCACAGGAAUUCCACCAGAACAUCAGCUGCAACGUGGGCCGCACUCAUGGGAAGAAGAGAGUCACGCUACCCUGGGCCUCCGAUGGCAUCCUCAAGGCGAUUGGUUCUCCUUCUCAAUUCGUCCACGUCCAGUCACUGAUCUCACAAAGCGACGAGUUCUAGCCGAAACGGCUCGGCUCUUUGAUCCGAUGGGUUGGCUCGCGCCUGUCGUCAUCAGAGCCAAAAUUCUGAUCCAGACGACGUGGCUUCAACGGCUGGAUUGGGACUCUCCGCUGCCUGAUCAGGACGCACACCGCUGGAGGCAGUUGUUGGAUCAGCUUCCUCUAUUGGAUAACAUCCGUGUAACUCGCUGGCUCAACACCGGAGACGACCAUUCGCAACUGCAGCUCCAUGGGUUUGCCGACGCUUCAGAGCGAGGAUACGCCGCCGUGGUGUACAUCCGCAACGCUGCAACAGAAAAAACGUCAAUCAACCUAUUGAUGGCAAAAUCGAAGGUCGCGCCUGUCAAGCAGGUGUCGUUACCUCGCUUGGAACUCUGUGCAGCAGCUCUACUUACCACGCUCAUGCUCCACGUGCGCGCUACUCUCGGUUUGACAACGACGCCGGUGCAUCUGUGGUCAGAUUCAAGGGUCACACUUCAUUGGAUCCGCGGACACAGCACCCGUUGGAAAACCUUCGUCGCCAACCGAGUAUCUCAGAUCCAGACCCUGCUUCCAGACGCUCAAUGGAGACACGUCGCUGGACGAGAGAAUCCUGCAGAUUGCGCAUCGCGCGGUGUUACUCCUGCUGAAUUAAUCAAUCAUGAGUUGUGGUGGACAGGACCUACCUGGCUCUCAGGAGACGAGACUGCAUGGCCGGGUUCAAACAUCGACGUCCCAGAGGAUGACCUCCCGGAGCAGCGAGCCACCAGUCUGGUAAUCAAGGCACCGGUCUCGGCAGAACCUGACCUCCUCCUCCGGUUUCCAACGCUGCACAGGCUGCUGCGGGUUACGGCAUGGUGUCGGCGAUGGCUCAAUCAGGCGAGACGUGACGCCAUACCUGGCCGUCCAUUGCAUCCGGACGAGCUGGACGUCGCCUUAUUUCGAUGGCUGCGAGUGGUGCAGGCGCUCCACUUUCCUACGGACGUAGCUGCGGCUUCUGCUGGACGCACUAGCCCACCACGAAGCCACCUAGCGAUGUUGAGUCCGGUCCUCGAUGAUCAAGGCGUGCUGCGCGUCGGAGGACGUCUCAAACAUGCUCAGCUACCACUCGACGAGAAACAUCCAAUGAUCAUCCCGGCGGCAUCAUGGUUGACUCGGCUGGUGAUCGAUUCCUGCCACCGACGGACGCUGCACGGAGGUGUGCAACUGACUCUCGGCCUGCUCCGCCUGCGCUUCUGGGUGCCUCGAGGAAGGACCACCGUCAAACAGCAGCUACACCGAUGCAUAACCUGCACUCGAUGGCGCGCCGCCACACCACAGCCUCCGAUGGGUAACCUUCCUCGGGAGCGAGCACUCUCAGAUGAUCCAGAGGACGUCUCGGCGCUGACCCCCGGUCACUUCCUCAUCGGGACACCGCUCCUCGCCUUGUCAGAACCGUCAUUGACAGAGCAGACGGUGUCCACCUUGUCACGUUGGCGUCAUCUGCAGCGGAUGAGGGAUCACUUCUGGCAGCGAUGGUCAUCCGAAUACAUGCACGGACUCGCCCCACGCACCAAGUGGCUCAAGGAUGCACCUGCACCCCACGUCGGCGAUCUCUGCCUCGUUCGCUCCGAGAUCACCCCCCCGAACCGAUGGCCCCUCGCUCGCAUAUCGCGUUUGCACCCCGGGGACGAUGGAGUUACACGCGUAGUGACGAUCCGAACGGCCACGUCCGAGCUCGUGCGCCCACUCGUCAAGCUCGUGUUUCUUCCGGGCGUGAACGACGUUCCUACACCGCACGUUGACACAUAG